AUGGCGGUAGCUGGAGCCGGGGCAGCGUAUCGCUUCCACCCGCACGGCGCCGGCUUCGGCCGCUCGAUGGCGUUUCCCCCGCCGCCGGGAUCCGGCUGCCCCUACAGCUCCGGAGCCUCGUUGAGCUCUGCCGCCUUCGGUGCGGCCACCGGGCCCGGGGUGCUUCAGCAGGAGCUGGACGUCCUUGACUACUUGUCCGACGACGGCGGGGUGCCCGGCACGGCCGGCGCGCCGCUGCCGGUUGAGGCGGCGGUCGUGCCGGAUGUUGGCUACUGUGAUCAUACGAGUAGGGCGGCCGCGGUGGCGGCGAGCGGCAAGAUCGCGUUCCGGACUAGGUCGGAGGAGGAGAUACUGGAAGACGGCUACAAGUGGAGGAAGUACGGCAAGAAGUCUGUCAAGAACAGCCCUAACCCAAGGAACUACUACCGGUGUUCAACGGAGGGGUGCAGCGUGAAGAAGAGGGUAGAGAGAGACAAAGACGACGCAAACUAUGUAGUGACGAUGUAUGAGGGGGUUCACAACCAUGCGAGCCCUGGCACAAUUUACUAUGCUGCUCAAGAUCCUGCUUCAGGCCGCUUCUUUGUUACUGGGACGCAUCAGCUAGCUCCUUGA